AUGGUCUUGGAGCAGCAGUCCAAAGUUGCAUCAGAACGCCAGACGCAGGAGUUGGAGGCUAUGGCCAAGGAGCGUGCUCAGCACUUUGCUCUGUUGAAGAGCCGCAUCGACCGUGUAGAGGCCGCUGAGCUGGACCUAACGAGGCACAUGGAACAAAUGAACGCGGCAGUUGGGGAAUUGAAGGCGCAGGUGAAGAAACUGGAGGCACAACAAGAAGGAUUGCAGAAGCAGGGUGCUGAGAUCCGCAGCCAGUCGGCUUUGCUCUCAAAGCUCCAAAGCAAAGUCAAGGAGGUUGAAGAUGAAGUGCAAAAAGCUGCUGCUGGUUUGCAUCAGGAGACUGCCUCCCGAGAGAAAGCAGUUGAAGAAGCAUGGAGGAAGAACAAACAGGAUCUGCAGACUGAGAUGACGAAGUUGGAGCAGAAAAUGGCGAAGCUUACAUCUGACAGCGUGGCAACAAACAAGGCAGAUAUGCUUCACGAGAUUUCCAAUCAAGUUGGACAAGUCCAGCAGGAAAAUGCCACAGGGCUGAAGAAGCUGGAGACCAGCUUGAAGCAGAACAUUUCUGCGUCUCAGACAUACGUUCAGCAGCAGCUGAAUACCCAGUUGCAGGAUAUGCAACAUAAUCUGCAAGAGUUCCUGAGAAAGCAAGAUGCAGCUUUGCAGCAGCGAUUCCAAAAGGAGCUGGAGGCACACGCAGCUUCUGUCAAACAACAUCAGGAUGCAUUAAGUGGCAAGCUGGAAAGCAUAAAUGCUGGUCAGGUAGCAGUUGGCAGAACCCUGCAAAAAACUGGGCAGGAUCUGCAGGUCUGCCAGGAGACUCAAGCUACAUUCCGGGAUACAGUUGAGCGUCGGAUAGGUGAGCUGUCAGUGGACUUCCAGAAAGUCAAGGUGAGCCAGCAAGUGGCCCUCUCCCAAGAGAAGAUAACCUCUGAAAUACGAUCCUUGAGGGAAGGAAUUGACAGCAUCAAGCUCUCUGUGGAUGCUGAGAAGGCUCCUUCAAGACCAUGCUCGCCUUCAGGUGAAGUACGGCCUGGGCCGCUGUUGAGACCGCUGUAUGUUCGUCCGGCACCAGUCGCAGCAGUCGCCGCUGCACCACCGUGGCAAGGGGUUCGGGUGCGGUCGAUAAGUCCCACAAGCCGAGCUCCAGUGUUGCAACAUGCUCAGCCGGCAGUGCCGGCUGGGUUCCUUCCUCCUGCCAGCCCCGAGCAGGUGGAGCAGAAACCUGCUGAAGUGAUAUCGAUAUCCUGCCACAGUAUUCCAGGCGUUCCUGUUAUCAGUGGCGAUUAUCAUCUGGUAUCUGGAGAGACUGCAAACGGCAUGCCUCUGUGGAAGCACACAACUUCGGAUCUUUGGUUGUAUUGCGGAACGAACAGGCGAUGGUUCGUUGGUGGGCAUGACGCCAAAGACUGGAAGUUUCGCUGCGAAGCUGGUUUCAUCUACAGUGAGCCAGUGCCUAACGGCGCAAUGCCGGAUCGUGCGGUGGGGACCUGGGCUAGAUUUCAAGGAGGCAUUUUUCUUGCAGAUCCCAGCAUCACAGUCAAAGCUCUGCCAGGCUUGCCAGACUCAGGCAACUAA